AUGGAUAAGAUAUGGGCUGAAGCCGCUGCAUCAUUUGAAAGCAUCUGUGGAGAGUCAUUGAAGCGAGGUGAAGUCAAGAGUUUUGAGGACGUUCAGAGAAGAAUUGAGAAAACUUGCGAGAGGGCUUCAGGUUCCGAGUCAAAGCCAGAAGACAAGUGGGACACUGCGAAAACGGUCGGACUCAAGUCGUUGCAAUAUUUGAAGUUGCUCGUUGGAGCUGCGGCCCAAGCUUCAUCUCUGAUCCCCAUCCCUCCUGUGGCAGCAAGCAUCACUACAACAGCGCUUUCCUUCGUAUUUGACAUCCCUCAAACCAUCAAGGGCUACAACAACGCCAUUGAUAGCGUCUUCAGCGAAGUUUCUUCAGCACUAUCUCAAUUUCAGAUUUACCGAUCUGUGGAAAAUCUCGAUCCGUUGCUGAUUGAACAAAUCCACCUAGUUUUGGUUAGUUUCGUCAAGAUCUGCGCUUAUGUCGUCAAGUAUCGUCAGAAUCGCAAACGCGACCGCUUCUGGGAGCAGACCAAGUUCAUCUUUGGUGAGAACUCGGCUUUGAAAGACGAGAUGACCGAGUUCAAGGGGCUUCUCCAGGGUCAACGCGACGUUGAAGGCACCGUGACGCUUGCUGUGGUUGCAGAAACGAGAAAGGACAUGGCCGUUGCACUCGAGAAGAUUGUCGUUUUCGGAAAGAUCGCCGAGGAAACGCAUCAGACGGUGCAAGAGACGCAGAGGGGCGUGCAGUCUCUGAAUGACGACUCAGAUCGCACCAAGACUCUGACCAAGAUUCGCGAUAUUCUAGGUGUGCCAUUGACGGUUCACCUUGACACGACAACCACGCAGACAUGCGUCGACCUCGCAAACAAGUGUCUCGACAACACCGGUUCAUGGAUCUGGAAACACAAUGCAUACCUCUCCUGGACUGCGGGUAAAGAGAGAGACGUGCUUAUCGUCUCUGGUCCUCCAUCCUCUGGCAAGACGUCAGCUUGCGCUCUAAUCACCAAGCGUCUGGAGGAGCAAAAGGACCGCACCUACGUCGCGCAUUACUUCUUUCCACCGAGUGCCAGGAAGUCGGAUGACAACAAGAACUCCGUGCAGUCUGCUUUGAAGUACAUGGCUUUUCAAAUUGCUCGGGUCGAUGCCACGGUACUGAAGACGUUGGACAAAGCCUGCGACACAAAGCCGGCAGUCUUUCGCUCCUCGACAAGCUCGGAUCUGGUUGAUCUGUGGAAGGAACUCAACAUUGGGGCGGCUGGUUCGGGAGCCACAUACUAUUUUGUGUUUGACGGCGUUGAGAACCUACCUGACGCACAAGCUGGGAUGCUGCUGGACUUUGCUUCCGACUUUCAGCUGGAGCAAGAGUUAGCUGGGCGAGUGCGUCUCCUGAUCAGCGGCACGAAAAGCUUGUUUGACAAGAACGCGAAUGUCAGCGGAGCGCUUCGAAUUGACAUGGAAAAGCACAAUCAGGACGACAUGCGCAUCCUCAUUCAGGAUACGCUCAACAAAAAUGGAAUGCUGCAAAGCACGAAGCCGAACUCGGAACAGGAAAGGGCAAAGGCAAAGAUUCUCGAGAAGAUACCUCCGAAGGUUGACGGAAAGUACUCACUCUUGCGCUUUGAGUUGGACAGGUUGAUGCGACAACUGAGCAAGCGGACUGCAAUUCAGGAGCUCGACGAAAUGCUUGAUCAGACAAUGAGCAGCUUGGAAGCCGCUAUCAAAGACCUGGAGCGCUCCUUGACCGCAGAUGAGAUUUCAGAGCUCAACGAGUUGCUGAAAUGGGUCAUGUACAGCCAUGAUUACAUGUCUUUAGCACAGCUUGAGGCCGCCAUGGUUUUGACAUCCGAGAUCGCUUCACUGACGUCCCUUGAGUACGUCAUUCGGACCAAAUACUCGGCUAUACUGAGCAUUGAAGAUGAAUAUUACGUUUAUCUCCAGGACGGAGUGGAGGAAUAUUUGCAGAAGGUUGACACCUCUUCCGGACAAUCGCAGCAGUCAACGGGAGGAUCGACCAUCAGUAUGACCAUUUCCAUCAACAAUGUCGACCAAGAGCUUUGUGGAAAUUUCCUGUGGGACCUUGCGGACAUGGCAAUUCGAAACAAGUUCAAGUUCGACUUCGACGGCGAAGCUUUCAAUCCAGCCCAUAUCAGCAAGAGGCCUCUUGCCGUUGACGAGCUCGAAGCAAACUACACCAUUGUCACUCAGGCUUUCAAGUACUUGAGCAACGAGCCUACGGAUGGGACACAGAAUGUUGGCCGUUAUGUUGUUGAAUUCUUACCGUACCACCUGAAUCGCGUUCGCGAGCUCGAAGAUGAGGACAAGGGAAUGCUAAGAGAUGAUCAGCGUUCAGAAAUUGGCCAGGGUCUGUAUAAAAUCUUCAGAGACGACACAGUCUUUCAACGCCACAUCAAAAUCUGGCAGGAUAUUGAGUGGUCUGUGGACGAGAUGAGAGCCAUACAAACGUGGCUUAUGGACUCCGCAGCGGUGCGAAAGGUGGAUAGGAAAUGGCGUACGGCUGUCCAGAGGGCUUCCAGUCCUAUUACGGGCUAUUUGAAUGAACUGGUCAAGACGGUGUUGCGGGGCCUCUUGAGACAGAGGAGCUGGCAAAUGCACAACGCUUCAAAAUGGCUGAAACGCUUUAUGGAACUGGACCAAGUUCAACCCGCGCCGUCCCCAAUAUCUCCAGACGAUUCAAACGAGGAGAAAUACGAAGUAGACUCAUACAUUGCUUCUCUUGAGGUUAAUCUUGACUGGGAAACCACAAAUAAAUGGUGUCAAGAUGUACUGGGUCUACCAGACACUGAUCUGGACUCUCUGUGGUAUGAGGGUCUGGCCAAGGCCGCAUCGGCAAAGACUGACUAUGAGGCGGCAAUUUCGCUAUACAAGCGAGCUAUCGAAUGCGAUAAUCCGAGCUGGCUGUGCUACCGUGAGCUUGGGGUGGUAUAUGACUGCCUAGACUUGCAAGCGGACGCCAUCACACAGCUUGAGAUUGCUCUAGACAGAGCAGCGCAGGACAACGCUCACCCCGAGGGAAACAACGCGGAAAUUGUCACAAUGCAUAUCAUGCUGGCGGGAAUUGCUGCCAAGAUAGACAAUGUGCGUCAAGCGGCGGACCACUAUUCAAUCGCUUGUGAAAGUGAGGAAACAUCACAAGUCAUAUGUGGCCAAAUAGGUCUUCUCCAGGCGACCUUGAGUCUCUCUGGCCCUGCAGAAGUCAUACAGGUGUUGGAGAAGAUCUUUUCGAAGACUGACCAAGAGUUGGCAUUUGAGUUUUUCAGAUCGGUGAUGCUUGAGGAUGGCUACGAUUCCCUUAUCUGGGGCGUGUUCCGCUCAGCCAAGGAGGAGCCAGGUCUUCUCAAGAAGAUCGUGAAAUCGAUGGAGUCCGCCACGGCGAUUCUUCACCGGAGGGAUACCAAUAAGAUGCCCAGUAUACAAUACGUCGACGACGAAAUCAGAGGCAUGUUGUUGUAUUACCAAGGUGUAGGAGCUUACAACUUUGGGGUCUCGACUGAUGGCACAGAUCCGACAGAAGAGGCCAUACGGCUUUGGACGGAAAGCAGAGACUUUCUCAAGAGAUGCGGCGGACCAAGCGCGCUCAGGGCACGUUCCAAAGCUACAUCGGCACUCUCGAAUCACUAUUUUGAGAAGUUGAUGGACGAGGGGUUGCAACAUGACCACAUGAAGGUAUUAACCAAAAUGGCGAAAGAUGACUCUGAGUUUACAAACAUCGAUAUGGAAUCUAUUGGACUUUUGGGGGCUCUCUACGCGCGGAACAGCGACAAGGAAAGAGCCCGAGAGGUUCUUCGACAUCGAGUCAAGGAAGCUUUGCAAAUUCUUUCGGACGACAUUCCCGAGAACGACUACGUGGGUUUCGAUAUUCUCUUCCAGAAUUUCUUACAUUGCCAGGAUGUGGAAGACGCUUCCAUCGCCUUAUCUCUCCUUAUUCCACCGGACACCGUCACUGUUGCCCUGCAAUUUAGCCCUGAGGACUUGGAAGAGGUCAGGCCAGAGAACAGGCAGCGGGUGUUGAAGGUAGUUACCACUUUGGCGCAGGACAUCAUCGAGGCUACAAGGGCUCAGGUUCCGGAUCUCUUCAAACAGUACCAACGCCUCGAUGCUGCUCAAGCUUACUUCGAGGAUCUUGUUGCUACAGCUGAGAGCAAGAAUAACGACAAGGACCACGGCAAUGUCGAGACAGAGAACGCAGCCGAUGGCAAAACUAAACCUACGCCCAACGGAGAUGUGGCCACUCUCCACGCGCAUUCUUUGCUUCGAAGCAGGCUGUUUGACCCUGAGAUUGAGAUCUACAUGACGAACGUACAAUGGGGCGCUAGUUGCGAUGGUAGCGGUCUCGAUGGAAAGAAAUGCACCAAUUUGGUGAACCGAGACCAGGAUUUCUUUCACUGCACGCACUGUUCCAAUCAGGUCUUUUGCGGAGAGUGUCUCGCUCGAUUGCGCGAUCCUGACUCUGAUUCAGUGGUCGUCUGCAGCCCAAAACAUCAGUGGUUACGUAUUCCCCCCCAAGGAGACAGCUUCUAUUUUGGGGAUUUGGCCAAGAGAGUCCGAAAGCCUUCGGUGAAGGUCAUGGAAGGUGACGACAAGGUGUUCAUAAUAACUCCUGCUGGUUAUGAGGAGUGGAUCUCAGUACAGGCUUGGCAAGAAGGGUUAGUGAAGGAAUGGAAGAUAUCACAGGAGGAGUUGAAAGGCGAUGGAGGACUGCGACCCCCGCUUCCACCCCCGCUGGAGGGGGAUGAUUAG